AUGGAGCAAGAAGAUGUUUCUUACAGCGAUAGUGGAUCGACUAUGAGUUACCUGGAAAUGAAUUACGAGGAGUAUGAAGUGUGUGAGGAAGAAAACGUUAUGCACGAUGAGGAAUACAUUCAGAGCCUGUUCGACGAAUACCAAGAAAUGACCUCCCUCGAAGAUCGCCGAAAGUGGGGACUCACUCCUUACGACGAUGAUACCAUACAACAACAACUCUCGGAGAGCGAACAUGGAGACGACGAUGGCUACAAUCUUGAUUCAAGACUUGACAGUUUCCACGAGCAGGGAGUCAUAGGCGAAGACACUAACGAUGACGCUGACGAUGAGAGAUCUGAGGAUCAAUGGGAGACUUACGUCCGCAACGAGAUGUUGGCGGCAAGAGGUGAAAAUAGAUACCAGGAUUUCACUGGUAAUGAGAUUGCCGAAGACUUUACUUAUUACGAAGACGCCAACGUUGGAGAUUAG